UCUAGAAGAAAAUGCAGCAAAUGCCGUACAAUGUUUGCAAGUUUGAUUGAAAUUAUACUUUAAAAUCCAUCAUUUUGUGCUAAAAAUGAAUGAAAGCGAGGACCCAAAGGAAGAAAAAGCUUCCAGCGCCACCACCACCACAAGUUCGACCUCGAUGACCACGGCCGAAAUGUUCCCGCUGAACAUCAAAAUCAAGCAGGAGAAAACGACCAGCUAUGAGGAUUCAAGCAAGUCCGAAACCGUAGACAAACUGUCCAUUGAUUUGAACUUGUCAAACAUAUUUUCGUCAACAACGACGACUAAAACGGCACCGACAGCAACCGCAGCAGAAGCGGCUCACGCUGAUGAAACAGAAAAGGAAACCAAAUCUGUCGAACCGAUCAAAUCGUCCAACGAGAUAUUGACGGAACUGUUCAAGGUGUUCAAUGCGGCCCCACCGGAAAUCGUAGAGGACGAUUCCAACGAAGGCAAUGAGAAGAAAAAGAAGAAGAAGAAACACAAGAAAAAGUCCAAAAAGAAGAAAAAAGGUGGCAGUGAAGGGGAAUCCUCUUCGGCUUCGGAUACGGCCGAGGAAGGAGAGAUAAAGAAAAAGGUGAAAAAGAUAAAGAAAGAGAAGGAUAAGGAUAAAGAAAAAGACAAGGAGAAGCACAAGAAACAUAAGGCGAAGGACAAGCUUAAGGAGAAAGUGGAAAAGGUGCCCGUUAAGACGGAGAUGUCCUCGGUGGUGGUGGUUAAGAAGGAACCGAAAGAAAAUAGGUACUACUCGCGGGACGGUAGAGAUUCCAGGGAGCCCAAGGAUUUGCAUCAUCCUCGUCACAACUCGCGGGACGACUAUCAUGUGCGGAUUAAACAAGAGAAGGAAGAUCGUUCCUAUAGAGAUUUCUCAUAUGAAAAAGAACGGGAACGAGACUGGGAACGGGAACGGGAACGAGAAAAAGAGAGGGAGCGAGAGCGGGAUCGGAUUCGCGAAAAUGAGCGCGAGAAAGAAGACCCCAAAUCGAGAAAUAAGAUUCAAAUCAAAAGUCUGAAGGACAGUGCCGUUUUUAAGGAAGCUGCUUCCAGGGAAAAGGAAAAGGAACGCGAAAGAGAGAAAGAGAAAACGCGGGAGAAAGAUAGGGAAAGAGACCGACGUCCGGAUCGGUCGGAUUCGAGAGAGCUGAGAAAAAGGCGAUCGGAUUCGGAAGUUUCUUUGUCCGAUGAAGAACCGUACCGGCAGGGCCGGUAUUAUGACUUUUAUCAAAAGAAGUACAACUCGUUCUACGCAAGCUAUAAGGAGGAAGAACACUACAGAGAUCGGAAGCGAAGGCGAAGUGAGGAGAGGGAUAGACAUCAUAAGACUAGAUCCAAAUCGAGAUCUCGUUCGCCGCAAUUUGAUAAGCAGAAGUUGUUAGAGAUUGCAAGGAAGAAUGCGAUAACGAUGCUUAAAAAAGGAACACUACCAGGUGCUCAAGGAUUGGAUAAGGAAUCUAAGGAGAUGCUGAUCAUGAAGAUGAAAACCAGUGGCAAGAGUAUUGAAGAAUUGACUGAGUACUGUAAGAAGAUUUCGGAUAAGGAAAACUUGAACGAACUGUCGAGUGUAUCAUCCGAUGACAGUGAUCACGAUGCGGAAGGGGGAUCGAAAGCCUUCCACCAUCCUUUCCAGAUAAAGGAUCCUGGUCCGAUUGUGAUGAAUAUCAAGAAUUCCGUUCCAUUGCAACCGAAAACGGCCGAGCAAUCAAAAGCUUUGAUGUUGCAAUUUCCUGUUUCAUCUGGUGCUCAGCACAAGAAGAUGGAAAGUGAUUGGAUGCCAGUAGAACCGAAACCAGCUGCUCCAGUAGCAGUAGUUCGUCCGGAAAAACCUCUUCCUAAGUUUCUACCAACCUCUGCUACGUUUGUCGCAUCAUCAACGCAACAGCAACCUGCGUACACGCCAGUUAAUCCCCCACCCGGACCACAGGUCCUUCCUUCGGAUGUACCGCUACCCGGUCCAUCUAUUGUACCACCUGUCGCUCCAGUUCCGGCACCUGUUGUUUCGGUCGCUCCUGUUGCUCUUCUAGCAAUCGAGGCCCCACCUCCGUGUACAACUCCUGUGGGAGUACCAGCAGUUGAUACCCCCCUUGUAUUUCCGACCAAUCCAGAAGCGAAUAAACUGGACGUUUCCACCAUCAUCUCUAAUCGUCUGAACGCCAUGCGCAAGCUGCAGGAUAACCCGGCCGAUGCCGAAGCAAUCAAGCUGCUCUACAACACCCAGAAGGACAUGUCUGCUUGGGCUUCGUCGAAAUUCACUCCCGGGCAGUUCUUUGGUUCAACUGGCGUCCAAUGUCUCACACCUCGUGAACUUGCCGAAGGGUACCAACCGUGGGCCAAGCGAGACUCCAUGAAGCAUACCGCUCCCGUUACCGGUGGGAUGGGAAUGCAUCUACUGCAAAAGAUGGGUUGGAUUCCCGGUGAAGGUCUCGGAAAGGAAAAGAACGGAUCGCUCGAACCUCUGCUGCUGGACGUGAAACUGGACAAACGAGGUCUGGUGGCCAGCGCCGAGGAUCACCAACGGCAGGUUCAAUUCCAGAUUCAACAGCAGCACAGCGGACGCCGGGCACGAUUUACCAACGUCAAGAUCAACACCGACGGCAAGCACCCGGUUUCGAUUCUGGGGGAGUACUCGAGCAAGCGCAAAUGGAUGCCACCGCGGUACGAUCUGGUGCACGAAAGUGGUCCCGGCCAUGCGAAGAACUUUGUGUUCAAGGUGAUCGUCAACGGUCUGGAGUAUCAACCGGCCAUUGCGAACAAUACGAAGAAGGAGGCCAAGGCAACGGCGGCCAAGUUCUGCCUACAGCAGCUGGGUAUUUUGCAGUCUUAGAAGGUAGGUGGAACAGGGUGGAACGUGUUUUAUUUGUACCUUUUCAGUAAGUUAUCCUUUCGCUGUAUGUAUGCGUGAACAGUGGUGGAAUUACUUCUAUUACACAGCGGGUACUAACGUCGAACUUGAGAACUUGUAUGUCUCCUCAAUAAACUAAGUUAA